AGUAUUCAUUAUAGGUGAAUAUAUCCCUGGAAUACUCAAGAGGAGAAAUGAACAUUCCAGAAUUGAUCGAAUCAUUAUUUCCAAGUGUCCUAAGCAAACCUUCUCCAGAAACUUGUAGACAUCUCAUCCCUCCCAACGAACUCUAAAGAACAUGCCAUCUCCUUCCUAUAUAAAUACUACAUAAAAUGCUCACUUUGUUGCCAUCACUCACAAAUAUACUCAAGAAAAGUUCCUCUCAAUUACCUUGCAAUCCAUAAACAAUCUCCAACAUACACAAUUCUUCGGAAAAAAAGCCAGUGUACUUCUAGGGGAAAAAAAAUGGUGAAAACAACAGUUAGCUUUAUGAGUUUUCUUGUUUUAGCAAUGGUUAUUGCCUUUCUUCCAUCAAAAACUGAGGCACUGAUGCCAUACAACCGCCCCAUAUGGGACAUAAUGUUUCCACCAGAGGCUGAUCCUUUCAGGAUUCUUGAACAAACCCCACUCACCAUCCCAAAAGGGGUCGAAUCAAUCGCCUUAGCUCGCUCAGAUUGGAAGGAAACUGAAAAAGAGCAUGUAAUUACACUUGACAUACCAGGGAUGAGGAAGGAGGACAUCAAGAUCGAGGUGGAAGAAAAUAGGGUGUUGAGAAUCAGUGGGGAAAGGAAAACAGAAGAAGAAAUUGAAGGGGAAAAAUGGCACAGAGCUGAAAGGACUAGUGGUAAAUUCUGGAGACAGUUUAGACUUCCUGGAAAUGCUGAUUUGGAAAACAUCAAGGCUCAUUUGGAAAAUGGUGUGUUGAAGAUUACUGUGCCAAAGUUAGCUGAAGAGAAGAAGAAACAGAAUAAGGUGAUUAGUAUUGCAGAGGAAAGCAAAUCUGCUGGAGGUGAGAAUAUUAAAACUACAAAAGAUGAGAUGUAAAUUAAGAAGCUUGAAUUGUGUUUGGUCUCUAGUUUUGUGUGUUGAUCGACUUUUUUUGUAUCUUGGCUUUGUGUGUCUGUAAUAGAGUUCUUGAAUAUGUAAUUAGGCUUAUGAUCACAAUGUCCUAGUUUAAUUUGUCUGGGCAUUGAGUCGAAGAAAAAUAAAGAAAUCUUGCGAUUUAAAAUAAUAUGUGUAAUACAUUAUGGUGUGAGAUAUUUUGAGUUAAA